AUGGGUACAAUUACCACUUAUAAUCGAACAUCGUCACUAUCAAAUAUAUCAUCCGUCUUAAUUUAUGCACAAUGUCAAGAUAUUUUAUCAAAUAAACAAUUACGCAUAAGUUUGAAUCCUAUAUCAAUCAAAUUGGAACAAUUAUCUAAUUUUCCGGUUGAUAUAAUAACUGAAAAUGGUUUCAAAUAUUUAUAUAUGAAGAUUUUUAUGGUAGAUCGUACAAUCGUCACGCCGUAUUAUGCUCCAAAUAGAAUAAUGUAUUUCGAAUUUGUUAAAUGUUUCCUCUGUGAAGAAUUUCAACUGAUAGAAUUGAUUAAUUUCCUUACAACAAAAUUCCUCACUAUUGAAAUAAUUGGUAUACGAAUUGUUAAUGUUAUCGAAUCAACUUUCACUUCUGAACAACUUAAUUAUGACAGAUCUGUAACACAAUCAUCAAAAAUACUUAUGAAGGAAGAAAUUUUAUUAGGCGUUGUUCAAUAUGAUAUAUCUGAUCUUUUAAGAGGACUUUGGGAAGUGAAAUUGACGAAUACCUUAAUUCAUCCUCAUAAUGUUUUUGCAACUAAUUAUGAUGAAAAUGAUAAAAAAAGAAUGAAACUUUCGUGGAAAAAUUCUCCUCUUACUACAGAUAUUCUUACAUCAUAUAAUACAUCAAUGAAAAUUAAAAUUCGUUUAGCAUAUGAUUUGCGAGCGUUUCAAAAAAAGAUUCUUCGAUGUGAAAAUAUAUUGAAUCGAAUUUUUUUUAAUUUGAAUGAUUUGAAAUUGGCUAAUGAUAUUUUAAAUGACGUGUUUUUUUAUAAUUCCAGUUUAUUGAACACUUAUCAAUCUUCAAAUUUAAAAGCACAAAAUGUAAUAAAACACAUUUUAACGGGUUUCGUUAUUGAAAAUUGUGAAAAAAUCUACAUUUUUCUAGAAGGUUUAUCUAAUGGAUACUUGUUAAAAAUUUGGGAAAAGGUAAAGAAGCUUCCUAUACAACAUAAGUGUAUUUAUUAUAACAGCAAUUAUAUAUUUUCUACGCGACUUUAUGAAGAUUUUAUACCUUUUGGUGGAAUUGUUCAUAUUAAAUUGAGUGAAUCUUUGAAGUCGCAACUUCGUACAUAUAGUUUAUAUGUUGGUAAAACAAAAACAACAAUUCAAUCGAAUAUUAUACGAAAAUUAGGCAUGAUGAAUCAAACAUUAACAAUGAAAUCUUUAUGUCAAACAUGUUUAUUCCCAAAAUCAAAUGAUGUGAAAGUUUUUAUUGAUGAUAUUCGCAAAAUAUAUUUAAAAAAUGCAAUAUAA